CUAUAAUCUUAGCCGACUCCUUAUAGAGGAAGUAAAGACUAUGGUUUUAAAAAAUAAACAAUUAUCAAUUGACAGUCAAUUCGUCAAUCAUCAGUCAAAUAUUGUGAUUUCUUAAAAUUAUUUAUCUAUUUUAUGUAUUUUGAAUAUUUUAUUAUUAAAUCUUUGUAGUGCUAAAAUAUUUAGAUAUGAAAUAAAUCAUGUGUAUUCAACAUAGCUGGUAAAUGAAAGAUAGUUCAGUAUACCCCGACGCAAUGGGGAUUAUGUACGAAAAGCGACCUCUGAAGAGGCCGCGGCUGGGCCCUCCAGACGUGUACCCGCAGGACGCCCGCCAGAAGGAAGACGAGCUUACGUCGACGAACGUAAAACAUGGAUUCUCUACUACACCACAAUCCAGUGAUGAGUUUGGCACUGCUCGCAACUUCAAUUACUCUGCCUCAAAGAUUGGCCAAUUCUUCUCUGGAAUAUUAUCAAAAAAAGAAGAGUUAAAUACACUUCCUGACUGCGGCAGAAAAAGACAACAAGUGAAUACCAAAGACAAUUUCUGGCCAGCCACAGCACGCACCAAACCACUGAUUGAAGCUUGGUUUAAAGAUUUGGCAGGUGGGAAACCAUUAUCACAACUUGCCAAACGAGCUCCAAAUUUUAACAAAAAAGAAGAGAUAUUCAUAACAUUAACAGAAUAUCAAGUGUCUAUGCCAAGAGCUGCUUGGUUCAUAAAACUUAGUUCAGCAUACACUGUUGCUGUGUCAGAAGCCAAAAUAAAAAAGAGACAGUUACCAGAUCCAACUACAGAAUGGACUACAACUCUCAUCAAAUUCCUAAAAGACCAAAUACCAAAAUUAGCUGAAUAUUAUCAAAGUGGUAUACCAGGAAAUCCUUCAGACAAAACUCCACCAUCACAAUCAGGACAUGGAACACCAAGUCACAACUCAUCUGGAAGUACUCCUGGGAGCUCCACACCUAAUUCAACUGUGCCUAAUUCAAUGCAUUCGCCUGGCAGUUCUAGCAACAUGGGUUCGUCGACACCGGGCGGUGAGAGUACAGACUGGCGUCAGGCCCUCAAGUUGUGGAACUACUGCUGCCGCCUCGCUAAGUAUCUGCUGGACGAGGGGCUGCUCGACAGGCAUGACUUCCUCACGUGGAUCAUCGAGUUGCUGGACAAAAGGGCGCCGGAUGACGGGCUUUUGAAAUUGUUCCUGCCCGUGGCCCUUCAACACGUGGGAGAGUUUGUGAACUGCGAGAGUCUGUCGCGGCGCCUGGCGACCACGUGCGCCAAGAAGGCGGCUGCCAUCUGCUCCGUGCUGUCCGAGACCACGCUGCGCACGCUCAACCAACCCGCCGUGUUCACUAAGCCUGCUGAACGGAAUGAAACGGAACUUCAUCCACUAUCACCACCACAGGAAAACGCCGACAUAAAGCCGAAUAUAUCGCAAAUAAAGCGCUCGAGCACACCGGCCGAGCAGAGCCAGGGGACUCCAAACCCCAAUCAUUCCCUGGGCACUCCCAACCCGAGCCAUCCCCUGGGGACUCCUAAUCCCCCACAGCAACAUGACGUGCAAGUGAAGGAGGAGAGAGCCUCUCCACCAAGGGAUGUGAAGACGACGCUAAAUACAGUGAUAACGGCGGCUUUGAACCCCAUACAGGUGGGGUUCGCCGAGGUUCUCAACUGCGCUUACCAUAGGGAUGUGGUCAUACAGUUGGCUACGAUUCUACAGAUAAUCUGCGUGGAGUGUCCGACGGCGAUGGUGUGGUCCGGAUGCGGGUCGUCGCUGCAGGGUUCGCCGCUAGACUUGUUGCCCGUGCCUCCGAGCGCCUUGCCCAUGCCGCACAUGGACUCCGCAGUCACUGAGGAACAUAGGCGACUGGUAUAUGAAGCUGAACAGGAAAUAUCAGCGCGCAGUAAAAAAGCAGAAAGCAAAUGGUGUACUGACAAAUGGCAGACCAGUUCCCAAGCUCGCGUACUCGCCGUUUUGGAGGCUCUAGACAGACACUGCUUCGAUCGAGUCGACCCAAACAAUAGUUUAGACACGCUGUAUAAGGAAGUUUUUGCUAAUUGCACGCCACCUUCUAAAGACUCCAAUAUUGAUACCAAAGAUCCGGAGUGGGCGUGUUCGUACGCGGUGGUGCGCGUGCUGUGCGAGUGGGCGGUGUGCGGCGCGCGCUGGGGCGAGCACCGCGCGCUCGCCGCCGCCGCGCUGCUCGACCGCCGCCAGCACCAGCUGCACCACCACCACGACCACCACGCCACCGGAUCCGACGACAAAGAGUCAAUUAGCUCCGGCACAGGUAUCUACAAUGGACCGCCUAUAUUCCAGAAUCUUCUGCUACGCUUUCUAGACAACGAUGCACCAGUCUUGGAUGAAAGUCCGAACGCUCCCCCAGGCAACAGACAGCAAUUCGCGAACCUGGUCCAUCUAUUCGGAGAGCUGAUAAGAAGGGACGUGUUCUCCCACGACGCCUAUAUGUGCACGCUUAUAUCUAGAGGUGAUCUGGUAUCCCCGACGGAGCCGACGUCGACGGGCGGCGGCCACACGGUCGCGCCGCCCGCCAACAGCACCGGCACCAACCACAACAUGGACGACGACAUAUUCGCCGGCAUCGACCUCAAACCAAAGAUGGAGGAGAACGUCCGAAUGGAUUUAGACGAUUCUAAGAUAGAUGAUGACUUGGAUAAGUUACUGCAACACAUAAAAGAGGACCAACAAAACUCUAUGGACGCUCCUGACAGCCCGAAGGAUCCUGGAGAACCCUCACACAGUGUCAAUUCGCCAAUGAUGGGACCAAGCGGUAUGAGCAUACCGGGCAUGCCUUCUAUAGGAAUGGGACCAAUGUCUGUGCCAGGUAUCCGCGCGGGCGGCGUGGGCGCAGGCGUGUCGGGGUCGGCGGCGGGGCUGGUGUCGCGCCACUACCACUACACCAUGCACUUCCCGCUGCCGCCCGCCGAGCCCGACCACGCGCCGCACGACGCCAACCAGCGCCACAUCCUGCUCUACGGCGUCGGCCGGCAGCGGGACGACGCCAAGCACGCCGUCAAGAAGAUGACCAAAGAAAUAUGUAAAUUAUUUUCGAAGAAAUUUUCCAUCGACGUUGCGGAGGGUGGAAAAAUCAAGAAACACUCUCGCAGUGAAUUCAAUUUCGAAGCUGUCACUCAGAAGUUCCAGGCGAUGUCUAUGUACGAGCAGGGCGCGGUGUCGUGGGCGGUGGGCGGCGCCGUGUGCGAGGCGCUGGCGGCGUACGCGGCCGGCGCCACCACCUACCUGCCGCAGCCCGAACACGUCGCCUUCGCGCUCGACCUCAUGGAGAUCGCGCUCAACGUGCACGGACUCAUCGAGACCUGCAUACAGAUCCUGAAGGAGCUGUCGGAAGUGGAGGGCGCGCUGACGAGCCGCGGCGCGCCCAGCAGCGGCAUCGCCGCGCCACGCGCAUACACCUCCGCGCUCGCGCUCUACACUGUCGGUGCGCUGCGCAGAUACCACUCCUGCUUGCUGCUGUGCGUGGAGCAGACGUCGACGGUGUUCGAGCAGCUGUGCCGGCUGGUGAAGUGCGUGGUGAACCCGGGCGACUGCGGCUCGGCGGAGCGCUGCGUGCUGGCGCAGCUGCACGACCUGUACAAGGCGGCCGCGCACCUCUGCCACGCGCCGCACGCCGACACCUUCGCCAACGCCUAUCCCAAGAUCAAACAAGCGCUCUACUCACCGUUGCAACCUAUUCCAUCGAAUUAUGUCUACAAUCCACAAUUUUUGAGUGAAUUCUUUACUAAUCCUAGAAAAGGUAAAAUAGAAAUAGCGUGGGCGCGUCAGGUGGCGGAGUCGCCUGCGAAUCGAUACAGUUUCGUGUGUUCAGCGAUGCUCGCCGUCUGCCGAGAAGUAGACAAUGAUAGAGUGAACGAGCUGGGCGUGCUGUGCGCGGAGAUGACGGCGUGGUGCAGCGGGCUGGCGGCGGAGUGGCUGGGCGCGCUGGUGGCGCUGUGCGGCGCGCAGCACUACCCCGCCUCCACCGCGCCGCACGCCGCGCCGCCGCCGCUCUACCCCGACCUGCUGCACCACCGCGACCUGCACGACGCCGCCGCGCACGACGCGCUCGCCGUCUUCACCUGCAUACUCGUCGCGCGCCACUGUUUUUCCCUGGAAGACUUCGUGCGGCACGCGGCGUUACCAUCGUUGUUGAAAGCGUGUGGAGGCGCGAAUGCCUCCACCAACCCGGCCAACGCGCCCUCGCCGGACACAGGCGCGCGACUUACGUGCCAUCUACUGCUCCGACUGUUCAAAACUGUCGAUACUCCACAACCUGGUCUGUACUCGGUGUCGACGUCGCCGGGCCCGGGCGGCAGCGCGGCGGGCGUGCGCCUGUCGUGCGACCGACACCUGCUCGCCGCCGCGCACAAAAACAUCGGCGUCGGGCCCGUGCUCGCCACGCUCAAGGCCAUACUAAUUUUCUGCUUGACAGUGGUCGGAGAUUCAGCUCGGGAUGGUGGCAAAUCGGGCAAAAAAUCAUGUGAAUUGUCGCAUAUUUUGGGUACCAGUGAUACAGUUCCUAGUGACGCACAGCUCGAUCUGAUGUCGAUGGUAGAUUCAGAGAUGAGUGGGGGCCAUAGAACUCCUAGGGGUAGCGGCGGUGUGGGCUCGACGCUGCUGGACUCGUCGCAGUCGCUGGCGUCGCUCGCGCGGAGGGUGCUCGCCGAGAUCUGCUCGGAGGAGUGGGUGCUGCAGAAGUGUCUGCAGAACCCCGACGAGCUGUACCAACCUGACAUGCUACUGGACUCUAUGCUGACGCCGAGACAGGCUCAAAGGUUACUUCACAUGAUAUGUUAUCCGGAUUCAGCUAGUCACACUCAUCCCGACCUCGACCAGAAAACGAUGAUCACUCGACUUUUAGAGAACCUGGAGCAGUGGUCGUUGCGCAUGUCGUGGCUGGACCUGCAGUUGAUGUUCAAGCAGUUCCCGAGCGGGUCGGCGGAGCUGAGCGCGUGGCUCGACACGGUGGCGCGCGCCGUCAUCAACGUGUUCCAGCAGCCCGCGCCGCCGCCGCCCGACAAGGACAGGAUGGGCACCGAUCGCGGCGUUGUGACCACUAGCAAGUGGUCGGAGUCGGUGUGGCUGGUAGCGCCACUCGUUGCGAAGUUACCUGCCGCUGUGCAGGGCCGAGUACUCAAACAAGCUGGGCAGAUCUUGGAGAGCGGAUGGGGCGCGGGCUGCAGCGGGAACUGUUCCAGCGGCGGUGGAGGCGGCGGCGGGUCGCAUCGCGACUGCAAGAGCCACCAGAGUCCCAGCUAUAAAGGGUCGUCCAGCGGCGGCGGCGGCGGCAAGCGCGGCGUGAGCGGCGCGGGGUGCGGCGGCGGCUGCGCGUGCGGCGGCGGCAGUGCCGUGCGCCUCGCCAACGAACCGCUGCUCUCGCUCGUGCUCACCUGUCUCAGGCACCAGGACGACCAGAAGGAGAGUCUGCUGAGUUCGAUCCACGCGCAACUGCAACACUACCUGACGCACGCGCGCGACCACGAGCGCUCCGCGUGCAACGACACAUGGCAGGAUGAGGUGGCGCCGGAAGCGUUGCAGCUACGGUUCUCGCUGGCGGGCGGCAUGUUCGAUGCGAUCCGCCGCUCAUACCAGCUCACGUCCGACUGGGCCGUGCUGCUGACGCAACUGGUCGCGCACCAGGUCGUCGACGCGUACAACAAUAGUCUGUGUCGCAGCAACCUGUUCACCACUUUGAUCGACAUGCUUGCCACUCUGAUCCACUCGACGCUGGCGGACGGAGGCGACGACAACAACAGGAAGCACUACCAGAACCUCAUGAAGAAACUGAAGAAGGAGAUCGGCGACCGGCACGGACCCUCCGUGCAGUGCGUACGACAACUCCUGCCGCUCUCCAAGAACACCAUUAUAGAGGUGAUCGCGUGCGAACCUCUCGGAUGUCUAGUCGAUCAGAAAGGAAACAAAAUCACAGGAUUCGACAGCGAUAAAAAACAGGGUCUGAGACUUACGGACAAACAACGCGUGUCGGUGUGGGAGCUGGUGGAGGGCGGACGGAACCCCGCGCCGCUCUCCUGGGCCUGGUUCGGAGCCAUCAAGAUCGAGAGGAAACCGCUCACCUAUGAAAAUGCUCACAGAUUAUUGAAGUACCACACGCACAGUUUGGUGAAGCCGCUGAGUUACUACCUAGAGCCGUUGCCUUUGCCGCCAGAAGACCUUGAAACUAAUGACAGUAAACAGGAUAGCGGCAGCCUCGACUCCAGCCCGACCGGCGCAGGCAAGUCCAGGUCGCGGUCGUCUUCGUGUAAAAAUGCUAAAAAAAUGAAACCAACCACGCCUACGGGCGUGGCGGGCGGCGCGGCGGGCGCGGGGCCGGCGGGCGCGCUCGCGCCGCAGCAGCCCCAGCAGCCGCAGUUCAUGCACCAGCAGCAGCAGUGGUUCCCGCCGCCCGGACAGAACUACUACAACCCGCCAGCCGCUGGAGUGAAUACCCGAGCGGUGGCGCCACCUUCCAACACGCAUUCCAAGCAAGCUCUGAGCAACAUGUUGCGACAACGUGUGCCCAACGUAUGCAACCAAAUGACGCAAAUGCAGGGAGGCGGUGGCUACCCAGGUGGUCCCCACAGAGGUCCAUUCCCACCGCGGCAGGGCGGCAUGCGGCAAAUGCAGCCCAAUCAAAUGGGUACUAUGCAACCACAGCAAAUGAACCCUAUGGGAAGCAUGAGCGGCAUGGGACCGAUGACUCAGAUGGGUGGCCUACAAAUUCCUGGACAAAUGGGUGGUGGACAAAUGGGCGCCGGACAGAUGGGUGCCGGACAAAUGGGCGCCGGACAAAUGAGCGCCGGACAGAUGAGCGCCGGCCAAAUGGGCGGCAUGGGCGGCCAGAUGUUCGGUGGGCAGUACGGCGGCAUGCAGCAGGGAUACGGCGGCUACGGACAGCAGAUGAUGCAGGGCGGACAGCAGCAAAUGAUGAAUCAAGGCAUGGGUCAAAGUGUCAGUCAGAUGGGCCAACAAGUCAACCCAAUGGCGCAAGGAGUGAAUCCUAUAGCUCAAAAUGUGGGUCAAAUGAGCCAGGCAGUGGGACAAUCUGGUCAAAUACCCCAGGGAAUGGGCCAAAUGAACCAAGGGAUGAGCCAAAUGGGUCAGCCAAUGGCACAGAUGAGCCAAAUGGGCCAGGGAGGUGGUAUGGGAGGUAUGAACGGGCAAGGCGGUUCUAUGGGCCCACAGGGAGGCAACGGUAUGGGAGGUUUUCCUGGACAACAAUCAUUCCAACAGAAUAUGAUGGGUGGUCGCGCUAGUCAAGAGGCUUAUUUGGCACAGCAGCGCCAAAGCGCGCGGCCGCCAUACAUGCAGCAAGCGCCGAACGUGACUAUGAGCGGCAUGGGCGGACCGGCGCCGCCGUAUCCGCGCGCCAUACAGCCACAGCAGAGCGCGCAGUAUCAGCAGCAGAUGACGCAACAGCGCAUGCGCCAGCAAAUGCUCGCCAUGCAGCAGCAACAGCAACAGCAGGGCCCGCUCGUCCAGCACCUACAGCGCCAGCAGUACCAACCGCCCUACUAACACGCACUCAAAUGAGCAAUCUCAAUAAAUAAUUUACUUAAUGACAAUUUAAGUUUUGGAUGAAUGAAAUAGCGAGAGGACGGACAAACAAACGGAUGGACGAAAAAUUUUUUCAGUCCCGUUUCUUUCCUUGAAAUCCGGCAACACGUCCAUAAACUAUAUUAUAUAUCUCCAUGUUACAAAAAAGAGCAUGGAUCGUAAAAUGGAUCUAUUUUAGACAAAAUUAGAAGAGCUGUGCGUUAUCGCCUUUUCGGGCCCUUACUGGGUAUAAAAACAAUUCAAUGCAAAACAAAUUGUUUUUUUAUGUCUAUAGACUACAAUUUAAUAAAGUAGUCAUCAUUAUUUAUAUAAUUUAUUUAGGUGUUAAUUUAAACUUCAAUUGCAAUUUCAUUUGGGUAUCCCAACCACAAAUCAUUUCAUCUAACAUCAAUAAGGAUAUAUAAGAUGUGUAAAUAUUUAAAAAAAAUAGUGUAGAUGCUUUUGAUCUAUGGUCGUUAUUUUUCUGCGUUUAAAAUAGCCCUUUAAUAUUUACACAUGCAAUUAAUUUUAUCUAUUGCAAUACCCAUGAAUAAAUUCAUUUUUAAUUUGCUGCCAAUGAUAUAAUAAAAUGAUCUCACCAUAUAUUGUUACCUUUGCGCGUUCUCAACGUUUUUCAGCUGUUUUCAAUAGAUGAUACUACUUUUAAACUUCGUUUUUGAUAUCGAGAAUCAACCAAUCAAAAUCCAAUAAAAAAAACUUCUGAUUGAUUCAUUUUUGUGAUGCAUCGAGACAAAUGAUUGGUAUCGUUGAUUGAAAACGGCGGUAGAAGCAUACAAUAUUAUGCAUUCGUAAUCUACGUUUAGGUGUUACUCCAAUUUUUAUUUGGGAAAUUAUUAUUAUAUCAAUUAUAAUGAAAUCAACGACGAGAUCCCAAAACAUCUAUGAAUAUAAUUUACUUAUGUAUUAAAUUAUUUAUACUACUUAUCUGAUGCUUUUUAGUCGAGGUACAUUAUGAACCACAUAGCAACGAACUUCAGAGAUUUUAAAAAUACAUAUUGGGCUACACUGAUUAAUUUCUGUAUACGCAAAUCUGAAUUGUGUAUUAUAUAAAAUAUGUGUUUUUAGCCCUUAACUGUGCAUCCAGCAUUGUGGUUCAUCAUUAUUAUAUAUGGGGCCUAUCAUUGUGUAUUGGCCAUUAUUUUAAGAUUAGAUUAAUAAUUUGUUUCUUUUAUACAGAAAUUAUCAAUUUUUCUAUAGUUUUAAGUAAUAUUUUCCCAUGUUCUAUUGAUGAUUAUAAUUAUGGAUUAGGUUAUAAGACUUCGGAAUAUUUUUUGUGUUCCUUUAAUUUCUAAAUAUGUGUUUUUAUUAGUUAUUGACAAAUCGAAUAUGUUUUUUAAACUUAUUGUUUCUAAGCUUACUUUCAAUUGUAUGUUGUAUAUAGGACCAUUUGUAGAAGAAAUAUAAGUAAUUAGAUAAA